AUGUAUUCUCCCACUCUCUCUUGGAGCCAUGCGGCUAUACUUUUCUUAUCACUCUCUUCUUUUCAAUUCGGUACUGCCUCUCCCAUCGACGGCCAACUCAUCGAACGCUCGGGUGUAGCCUCUCCGGGUAUUGGCGUUGAGUUCGAGUCCGGGAGUAUCUACUUCACCAAAGAUGUUCACAAAUUGUCUGAGAAAGAGAAAGAGGCGGUGAAGGAAGCUGGUAUCGCUGCCAAAGGCAAGGCUGUUACAUUUAAAUCAGCCAAGGACGGAAACGGUGCCAAGUUGUCGGGUAAAGACUGGGAACUGACAGCGGAUGCCACCGGAGGCACGCUGGGACAUCUACCUGCUGAGUAUAUCUUGGAUGGAAGGAAGAUCAAAUUGGGUACUGGGAGAGCUGCACUUGCAGCGGAGGAGGUCUAUGAAGAUCUGAAAAAGUGGAACCCGAAGACCGGCCAGGAGGUUGAAAUUGCCAGCAAUAAGAAGAACCCUUGGUCUGUCAAGGCUGGCACUAACCCUGUGAACUCCGCCUGGUCUCGUCAGAUCACCUCCCCAAUGCCGCUUGGGGCCAUCAACGACCUGAUCAAGCAAGCCAAACUUAACAAGCCCUCACCUCUCAUGACAUACGCCAAUAGUAAAAUCCAGAACAAGGUCUGGGUGAACGAUUUCUUCUUCGAGGAGAAACCUGGUGGUCUUACCAAGGAUGUUGGCGAGGAUGUUCGCGGAUUCCUUUCGCUUCUUCUUUCCUAUGCCAAGGCGGGCAGCCAAGUCCGGAACAGUGAGAGUGCUAAGGAAUUGACGUCGAUUAUGCCGCGCACCAGUUUCUCCAAGAUGUACAAGCUCAUUGAGAGCAAGCUUGAGAAGAAGGAUCUGUGGACUAUUGUGAACAAGCUUGCUUGUUAUGAGAACCCUAUCGACGAUGCACAUGAAUAUGCUGCUGUUGACGAGCGGUAUUGCUCUGGGCACCCCGGACAGACAACGAUCAACGGCAAGUUCGAGAAACUGCAAAUCAACAUCUGCUACGGGUCACAGUCCUGCCCUGUCAAUGUUAAGGCCUGGAUCCAGGGUUUGAAGGAUGGCAAAGAUCUGCUUAAGGAUGCUGAUAAAGAGAUGAUUGAUGGCCAAGUUGGAGGGUACGGAGACUUGACUGAGCAUCGUCUGGACCAUCCUACCGAGCAACUGCCCCUUUUCGAAUUCCGUGAUCUUCCUUCAUGCUCGGCUUCGGAGUGGAAGAAGUGUUUGGAGAAGGCCGAAGCUGCGAUUGUCAACUAUCACAAGAAGUUUCCAGGAAACUAG